CUUUACCUCUACCUGUACCGCAGACGAAGUUAAGACCGUGAAAGUUUUAGCUAAUGUACAACUGUUUAUUAUGUAUCUAAACAUAUAAUUUCUCAACUUGAGUCUCUUUUCCGAAUGAGUUUGUGUAAAAAAUGUAAAGAUGUCUGAACCCGUAGUUUCUAGAGAAGAUAUUCCUCUAAAAAAUGGAAAAAUAUCUAAGAAAUGGUAUGCCUGUGAUGACGAUUAUUUUAGCGGUUCCAAAUACAUAAAUGUAGCUUUCGGUACUCUUACUGUCAUCAUUACCUUUGCUCUAGUUAUUCAAAUUUAUUAUGGAGAUUAUCAGGUUGUUCCACAUGGCAGUGUUGCAUCCGAUAGUUUAGAAUGUUCAAAGGUAGGAACAUCAAUUUUGAAACAAGGCGGUAAUGCAAUUGAUGCCGCUAUAGGAACUGCUUUUUGCCUUUCCGUUGCAACUCCACAUCUCACAGGAUUAGACGCAGAAGGUGUUAUACUUAUAUAUAAUCAUAAAACGAAAAACAAUCCAGUAGUGAUAGACUUUAGUCAUGCAACUGUAGCAUCAAAAAAUUUACCAACUCUAGUUAUGGGAUUAGCUUAUUUACAUAAAAACUUCGGCAAGUUAGAAUGGGAAACAUUGAUAAAUCCAUCAGUAGUUUUAGCAAGAAAGGGUGUAUUGGUUUCAAAAAUGCUGGUUCAAGCAAUAACUAAUUCUCAUGCUGAAGACUUGUUUGGACGAUUAGAACCUGGACAAUUUCUUAUUCAGAAAAAAUUAGCUACAAGACUUGAACAUAUUGCUAACAUAUCUAAUCCAGUGUUGUAUUCCUACUUAAACCAAAUAAACGAAACAAUGUUAACAGUAUCGAUUGAAAAGUCGAAAUUCCGAAAUUAUAACAUUUACACUCCGCACGUAAAUUCCAUAGGCCCGUUUUUGACUGAAGCUUUACAAAUAAAUGAUAAAUUAAAUUUCACCAAGGAAGACAUUUCAAAGCCCGAUUUUAUUUACCACAUUGCUGAGAUCGCUAGACAUUUUUACGAAAAAACCAGUGUGAAUGAUGUUUUUCAUGAAGGGACUAUUUCCAAUGUGGGUGUGAUGGAUAUUGAUGAUACUUACGUUUCUUUAGUUACAGGGAUGUAUCAGUUUUUCGGCUCAGGCAAAAAGACAUUGCUAGGAUAUGUAGAAGACAUAAAAAAUAAAGGCACAUUAUCCACUAGAAUACCUAUUUUAAUAACAGAUAGCCAAUACAUUUGUGGAAAACGAAUGGUAUUUGGUGUUAAUAACAUAGCCACAGCUAUCCAAAUUAUAAAUUCUUUGAUAAUAGGAAAUGAAAAUGGAACAGAAAGUAUCGAAGCACCUAGGUUUCAUAUUGGUAGUAAUGGAACAGUAGGAAUUGAAGAUUACCACUUACCUUCUUUUAAUGAUGAAGUUCUGAAAUACUUGGAGAUACUGACUUUAAAGCCUUACGAGGUACCAGAACCUUACGAGAGCAGCAAUAUUGUAGAAAAACUUAAAGAUGAAUUGAGCUCUCAUUCGGACAGUAGAGGUGGAGGAAUUGCUAGUAGAUUUUAAAAUUAUUACAGCAAUGAAUUUCUGUAAUUUUCCUUUAGUUACAUUGGGUCUAUCUGUUUUUUUUUUUUAACUUUUAAAAAUAAAUCUAUCGAUCAACACUUUGGCACAGUACUGUAUUUUACACAUUGGUGUAUAUUAUUGUAUAACAAUUUUUAAUUCAAAUGGUUUAUUUUGUUGAUAUACUAAUUUCCAAUAGUGUAAUUAUUGUUGAUUAUAUAGGUAUGUAUAUUUAAUUUAACACUUAUUUAUUUUUCAAAUGUUGAUUAUUGUUGCAAGAAAAAUGUUAUUUUAUAACUUUUAAAUAAUAAAUAUAUUUAA